AUGCGUCUCCUGGAACGUGACGAUGCCGGCGGGAUCCGCCUGACGAAGGACCUGCCCAGCGACAAAAUUCCGCCUUAUGCGAUUCUUUCACACACAUGGGGGCCCGAUGAGGAGGAAGUUAGCUAUAAAGAUUUAGAGGACGGCAGAGCCGUAAGCAAACUCGGAUACAACAAGAUCCAGUUUUGCGCAGAUCAAGCUGGGCGUGACGGGCUGAAAUUAUUCUGGGUCGACACAUGCUGCAUUAACAAGUCCAGCAGCACCGAGCUUCAGGAGGCGAUCAAUUCUAUGUUCAGGUGGUAUCGUGAUGCGGCCAAGUGCUAUGUUUAUCUCGCAGAUAUCUCGACACACAAGCGGAACGUUGAUGGCAGCUUUGCUUCGGAACAAACAUUUCUGCAAUGCAAAUGGUUCACCCGUGGAUGGACCCUCCAAGAGCUCAUUGCUCCAACAAUCGUGGAGUUCUUCUCUAAGGAGGGCGCCUAUCUAGGGGAUAAGCUGACUCUGGGAAAUGAUAUUCACAGCGUGACCGGGAUUCCCCUUGAAGCUCUCCGAGGUACUACAUUGUCCAAUUUCAGUGUCGAAGAGCGCAUGUCGUGGGCCAAGAAGCGCAAAACAACACGCAAAGAAGACAAGGCGUACUCUCUAUUUGGCAUCUUUGACGUGCAAAUGCCGCUUCUUUACGGGGAAGGAGAAGAGAAAGCAUUUCGGCGGCUGCGAGAGGAGAUCAACAAAGUUUCAAAGAGUAUAGAGACAUACGGUGAGGUCGACGCUCGCUGUCUGUCUGAUCUACGCUCCACCGACCCCCGCCACGACAAGAAGCGUAUCGAAGACGCAAAAGGCGGUCUCCUGAAAGACUCGUACCGUUGGGUGCUUGACAACCCCGAAUUUCAACGAUGGCGCGAUGGUGACGACCAGCGGUUGCUUUGGAUCAAAGGCGACCCCGGCAAAGGCAAGACUAUGUUACUUUGCGGCAUCAUCGACGAGCUGGAAGUGUCUACGCCGACCAGCCUUCUAUCCUUCUUCUUCUGCCAAGCCACCGACCCGCGCAUCAACAGUGCCACUGCUGUCCUCCGCGGCCUAGUCUACAUUCUUAUCAAACAACAACCAACACUCAUUUCACACGUACGACAACAUUAUGAUCCUGCGGGCGGAAGGGGGUUCGAGGAUCCUAACACAUGGGUUGUCUUAUGUGAGAUCUUGACUAGCAUUCUACAAGAUCCAGUCGUGAGAAUAGCGUAUUUGUUCAUCGAUGCGCUUGACGAAUGCGUGACAGACUUGCCACGGCUUCUCAAACUAAUUGUCGAGAUGUCAAGCACAUCUUCUCGCGUCAAGUGGAUUGUCUCAAGUCGUAAUUGGACACAAAUCGAAGAGGAGUUGGAGAUGGCUGCGCAAAAUGCCAGGUUGAGCCUCGAGCUGAAUGCCAAAUCUGUCGCUGCUGCCGUCAAUGCAUACAUUCGCCACAAAGUUGAUGAUCUGUCGCGCCGGAAAAAGUAUGAUACUACUACAAAGAGUGAAGUACAAGACUAUCUUUCUUUAAACGCAAACGGGACCUUUCUCUGGGUGGCAUUGGUUUGCAAAGCGCUUACGGACGUUCCGAAGUGGCGCACAAAAGGAAAGUUAAAGACCUUUCCGCCUGGGUUGGACUCUUUAUACGGGCGAAUGAUGGGGCGAAUUCAAAACUCCGAAGAUGCAGAUCUCUGUAGAGAUAUUCUCGCCGUCGCUGCGACUGUCCGCCGACCUGUAAGUCUUGAUGAAAUCACCUCCCUUGUUAGGAUGCCGGAUGGCAUUUCUGACGAUAGGAGGUCUUUGGAGGAGAUCAUUAGCCUUUGCGGCUCAUUCCUGACCAUCCGAGAACAAACUGUUUAUUUCGUCCAUCAAUCAGCCAAAGACUUCCUGUCUGGGGAGGUUUCUAACAACAACAAUUAUCAGGACGCUUUCAAGUGGGUCUUCCACGCAGGCAAGGAAAAAGUGAACCACGACAUCUUCUCGAAGUCACUCCAUAUAAUGUCCACAGUAUUACGACGCGACAUAUAUGGCUUGAAAGCACCGGGUUUCUCGAUCGACCAAGUCUCCGUGCCGAACCCCGAUCCGCUAGCUUCGGUACGAUACUCAUGUAUCUACUGGAUUGAUCAUUUAUGUGACUUGAUCUCCAGCACGAACUCCAAAUGGGUUCAUCUUCUGCAGGAUAAUGGGGAUGUUCAAAAAUUCCUUACAACGAAGUAUCUUUACUGGCUAGAAGCUCUUAGUUUACUCGGAGCUCUCUCGAAUGGAAUCAAUGCCGUCGGACAACUUCAGGGCUUACGGUUGAAAGUCAUUAUCCAGGAUGCACACCGGUUUGCUCAGUCAUACGGACAAAUAAUACAGCGAGCACCUCUUCAAGUAUAUUUAUCGGCCCUUGUAUUUGCUCCGAUUGGCAGCUUGAUAAAGAAUAUCUUCAAGGAAGAAAAGCCCGGAUGGCUUAGUACGGGAUCAGUAGAAAUGCAAUGGAAUGCCUGCACACAGACGUUAGAGGGCCAUCGCGGCCCGGUUCGGUCGGUCGCCUUCUCCCCGGACGGCCAGCGCGUAGCAUCGGGCUCGGACGACAACACCAUCAAGAUCUGGGACGCGGCAUCGGGGACCUGUACACAGACGUUAGAGGGCCAUCGCGGCCCGGUUUGGUCGGUCGCCUUCUCCCCAGACGGCCAGCGCGUAGCAUCGGGCUCGGACGACAACACCAUCAAGAUCUGGGACGCGGCAUCGGGGACCUGUACACAGACGUUAGAGGGCCAUCGCGGCCCGGUUCUGUCGGUCGCCUUCUCCCCGGACGGCCAGCGCGUGGCAUCGGGCUCGGUCGACAAGACCAUCAAGAUCUGGGACGCGGCAUCGGGGACCUGUACACAGACGUUAGAGGGCCAUCGCGGUCCGGUUUGGUCGGUCGCCUUCUCCCCGGACGGCCAGCGCGUGGCAUCGGGCUCGGUCGACAAGACCAUCAAGAUCUGGGACGCGGCAUCGGGGACCUGUACACAGACGUUAGAGGGCCAUCGCGGUCCGGUUUGGUCGGUCGCCUUCUCCCCGGACGGCCAGCGCGUGGCAUCGGGCUCGGUCGACAAGACCAUCAAGAUCUGGGACGCGGCAUCGGGGACCUGUACACAGACGUUGGAGGGCCAUCGCGGCACGGUUCGGUCGGUCGCCUUCUCCCCGGACGGCCAGCGCGUAGCAUCGGGCUCAGUCGACGAGACCAUCAAGAUCUGGGAUGCGGCAUCGGGGACCUGUACACAGACGUUAGAGGGCCAUCGCGGCUCGGUUCGGUCGGUCGCCUUCUCCCCGGACGGCCAGCGCGUAGCAUCGGGCUCAGUCGACAACACCAUCAAGAUCUGGGACGCGGCAUCGGGGACCUGUACACAGACGUUAGAGGGCCAUCGCGGCCCGGUUUGGUCGGUCGCCUUCUCCCCGGACGGCCAGCGCGUAGCAUCGGGCUCAGUCGACGAGACCAUCAAGAUCUGGGAUGCGGCAUCGGGGACCUGUACACAGACGUUAGAGGGCCAUCGCGGCACGGUUUGGUCGGUCGCCUUCUCCCCGGACGGCCAGCGCGUGGCAUCGGGCUCGGUCGACAAGACCAUCAAGAUCUGGGACGCGGCAUCGGGGACCUGUACACAGACGUUAGAGGGCCAUCGCGGCUCGGUUCUGUCGGUCGCAUUCUCCCCGGACGGCCAGCGCGUGGCAUCGGGCUCGGUCGACAAGACCAUCAAGAUCUGGGACGCGGCAUCGGGGACCUACACACAGACGAUAAAUAUUGGUUCAACUACUACCCAUCUAUCGUUCGACCAUACCAACACUUACAUUACUACGAAUAUCGGGCGUAUACAAAUAGCCACGGCCACCAUGGAAAUUCCAAAUCAGCUGGGCAAUCCAGUAUAUUAUUCGUAUGGUUUAGGACAAAACAACCGCUGGAUUACUUGCAAUAACAAGAACGUAUUAUGGUUGCCACCAGAAUACCAUGCACGCGCUUUUGCCGUGCAAGGGCGCAAAAUGGUCCUUGGCUGUUACUCAGGACGUGUUGUAAUAUUCUUAUUCUCUCGAGAUAUUUAA